CGGUGUUAUCAUCAGGUUUGAAGCAAAGUCCAAAUUCUGGGUCAGACUUGGGGAGAGGCUGCGUUGAGUCACACCAAAACACCCCACAAAACACACGGCUGUGAGAAACAGAAGGACGGACCUGAUGAGCAUGGAUACGUCUUUGUUCUUUAAAUCUGUGACCAAGCGAGUGUGGUCUCCACCACAGCGACCUUUCAGAGUCUGCUGUGACCGAAGAGAGACCAAGAAAGGGGUGACAGCAGGAACCCUGGAGGAGCUGAAAGAGAGGGCGUGCCAAGCUCUGCUGCUGUCCCUUUCUGCAGCAUCUCUGUGUCUGGUUUGUGAGGAGGAUGGGACUGAGGUGGACUCCGACGAGUUCCUCAUGACCUUACCUGACAACAUCAUGCUCAUGGCUCUGGAGCCUGGACGCACAUGGAAACCUCAGCCUGGUACGGUUGUGCUCACAAACCACAGCAAGCCUCGCACCGGCAGAGACAUCGCUCGAGUCACCUUUGACCUUUACAGGUUGAGCCCUAAGGAUGUGUUCGGCUCCUUGAGCGUGAAGGCCACGUUUCAAGGCCUCUACUCUGUGAGUGCUGACUUUCAGUGUCUGGGGCCCAAAAAAGUCCUCAGAGAAUUUCUGCGUGUCGUCUCCACCGUCCUUCAAACCGCCGGGCAUCUGCUCAUCACCUCCGCCUCCGUUCUGCGUCGCGUCAUCGAAGGAGCCGAGCUCUGGCAGCCGCAGAGGGCAGAGUACGUCACCAACUGGAAACGAUGAGUCCAUUUUAUGGGCAUCAUUAAAACACCAAAUCAGGUUAAACCAACCAGAAGUGAGAGAAGGGCAGUUUGUAACCUUCUGACCAACAAAGAUUCAACUAAACUUAGUUAAGCUGGACAAGAAUGAGCGUAUAAAUCUUUGUCUAGUGUUUUUGUGCAAUAGUGUAUACCACAACCCUCAGCUGUUUAUUUUUUAUGCUUUUUUUUUUCUUGCAGAAUGAUCUUUGUUUUCAUUUGAAAGGGUAACUUUAAGAAAAGCAUUGUAUCUAUUUUGUGAGUUCUGAAUGUUUUGAUGGAACUGUAAUUAUAAUAAAAGUAUAACAACUCAGAAGAA